AUGGCUAGAGGAAUAUUAGGAAAGAGUCGCCCAUCACCGGAAGCGCAGAGCAUCUCCAAGCCAGUCUUGAAGUAUACGGAUGCCUUGCCGCGCAAUGAUCUCCGCGAGAUUGAAGGCGGCAUCAGUUACAGUCGUCCUAUUCACCAGGUUGUCAAAGCCGAGCAGCACCCUGGCACAUCUGCAGGACGCAGCCCCAAACGCAAAACGGGAGCGCCGACACCUGGCUUCGAUUUCCAGAUAACUGUUCCACCUGCUGAAGCUUCAUUUGCGCCGUCGGAAACAGACCAUGCACUAGAUGAGUCUAUGAUCGGCAUCGCCUUAGGGAGCCCUCGUUUAUUGGAGUCACAACUUUCUACCACACAGGGACAAAGAAAUCCGCCACCGACCCCUCCCGACGUCGAAAGCCCUCCGUCGGCCCUGCAGAGGAAGUCGAGCAAAUGGAGGAAAAUUGGCGGUUUAUUCAAAGCAAAAAGCGCCGUGGCCCCCAAUGUGAACAAGCCAUUCUACCAGGUCCGUGCCGAAACGGAGCGGCCGUCCCAAGGUUCAUCUCAUUCAAUCGACUAUAAAUCGCGGCAAAGGGCCGGUAGCAAGACUGAACCAAUCGAGAACACCGAAUUAUGGCCUUGCCUAGUGUCGGAACAGGAAGCUAUCAUGCAGAAGCAGAGCUCUUCCUCGACGAAUGCGCAGGGGUCAUUACUUCAGGUCGAAAUCCCCAAAGUCGAACUGGAAAGGUACAGCGUCAUGUUCGGCGGUCUCUUGAACAACAGUCGCCCAUCGCUACUUAACAGACGAAGCAAGACCCUGGAUGAUGUAACUAUCCCAGGUCAAGAGGUGUGUGAAUCUACACAGUUGACGAUAUUGUUACGCUCACAGCACACAGGUAUCCUCGCCGUUAGGGCCACCGCGCCGCCGGGCGACUUCUCCAACACGUUCAAGGUCACCAAACUUUACACUCUUCCCAACAACUCCAUCAAGCAAGGCCUCAAAGAUCCUCGGAACGCAAAAUCUGCCUCAGCGACCAGAUCCCUUGCGCAAAGCCCAGCCGGCGGCCGAAGAACGAUUACAAGAAAUCGAAGUCAGCCGAAGCACGCCAAAUUCAGAGAUCGAACGAAAAGCGCGGCCAUCUCAUCAUCCACAGCCCUCUAUAUCAUCCUUCCUUUCUUCGACUUCCAUCGGGUCCGAUGA